AUGAGUGGCGGCCCGAACACGGUGGCGGUGCUGCCGUCGCUACGCAAGUCGAUGACGGCCUCUGCCGUUCCUGGGCAGCGCCCGCGCGAUGGCGUCGGCGCCCUCGCCCCGCCCGGCAACAGCAACCGUGUCAACAUUGUCGGCGGCUACGAUGCGGGGUCGAAGCCGGUUUCUGGGCACCCCGGCACCCUGCGCAAGAGUCGCACCGGCGCGAGCGAUGAGGCGUUUCUCGCCUCGCUCGUCGGCACCGACUUGGCCUCCACGAAGACUGCCGCGGACGCCUACUGCACCCAGUACAAGGAGACGGCAGCCGAGAACGCAAAGUUGCGCGCUGCUCUGCGGCAGCAAGAGGUGGACUCGGUGCAGGUAGUGCAGUUUCUGGAAAGCAAGCUGAGAGAGUUAGAGACGGAGGCGCAGACGUACAAGACGGGCAUCACGCAGCUGCUAGACGACCACCGCCACGCGGAGGAGGAGCUGCAGUCGAAGUACGGUGAGAUGCUGCGCGAGCGUGAUGUCGAGCUGGCGCGCUACGCAUCCGUCACCACGAAGCUGCACGAUGACCUUCGCCAAGCCUCUCGCUAUGUCCAGCAACGACAGGAGCACACGGUGGAGCUGCAACAGCUCCAGAAGCAGCUGGAGGACCUCGUCGUGGAGCACGAGAAGGAGGUAGCAGCGUUGCACUUCCAGACGGUGGACCGUAAGCUGAAGCUCAUCGCGCUAGAGAAGACGAUGCGGGCCGAGUUCGACGAGCUGGUGGAGGCACGAGCGGCCAAGGCGCUGGAGGAGCGCUUCCAGGGCGUGCUGGAGCGGACGCGGCGGUUGGAGGAGGAGAAGGCGUCGAUGACGCACGACAUCCACAAUCUGAUGCAGCUCACGACCGACAUCGACGCCGAGCGGGUGCAAGUGCGGCGCCACGCGGCAGUGCAGCAGCAGGCGCACAAGGAGUUGGCGCGCCACGCGUUGGCGCGCAGGCGGCAGAAGGAGAAGGCGGAUCUCAAAAUCUACGAGCUGGAGGAGCGGGUGGGAGAGCUGACGGUGCAGCAGCAAGUGGUGCAGGCGGAACUGCAGGAGAACUAUCAGAGUCGCAUCGACGCGCUGGAGGCGGAGCUGAAGUCGACGCGCACGUCGUUGCAGUCGCACCGCGCAGAGCUACAGCGCAUGCGCCAGCUCACCGCCCGCGUGGUGACCGAGCGCAGUGAGCUGGAGAACUUCUUUCACACCGCCCUGGCCGAUUGCCUGCGUUAUCGGCAUGACAUGUCGGCAAGCCAGCAUGCAUCCACCGCCGCCUCUGCGACGAGCGCCAGAAAGGGUGCAAUGCUGCUGGGGAACGUGGAUUCGGGUGGCGGAGUGGGUGGAGGUGCCGCGUCGCGUCAAACAGCACAGGAGUUUGCGCCGACGGUCGCGAGUCCGGUGCCGUCGUCGUCGCCGGCGGCCACGCUGAAAAACAGCGGCGCCUUUUUCGAGGAGCUGCCGUGGAAGGACAAGGAGAAGGUUAUCAAGUCGCUGCUCUUCUUCUUCAACGCCAACUAUUACAAGUCCUCGCCGCUGGCACCGACAAUAGCAGGCGGUAGCCCUCGGGAGGACGCGUGUACUUCAUGA